AUGGCUAGCCGAAGAAAAUCUACCAUUUUUCGGGUUACUGGCCUGAUACGGGAUCCAGAUCAGACAGAUGAACAACUCCAGGCGGCAUUGGAGGAUACACUCGUUGAGAACUUGUCCAUUGAAGAGAGAUCUUGUAUUCAAACAAAGGUCGAUAUCGUACCUUCUUGUUAUGAAUCCGAUGCAGAGAGGGUGGCUCUUGUACAUUUUCAGCCCGAAGUUCCCCAAUUCCUAUCCGAACUAGAGGAUAACCCCGAGCAAAAUUGGCAGAUAGAGAUGGGCGAGGCAGAUAUUAAUAUCGACCGAAACUUCUUUGGAUUUACUCAGCUCUAUGCGCCACAGGAGGACAAACCAGUCACUGGAGAUAUCAUCGCAAUUACAGGGCUGGAUGGACACGCCUAUGGGUCAUGGCGGGGAAGGGGAAACCUCGGUCGAAUGUGGUUACGGGAUUUUUUCAAAAAGGACCUUCCGCGGUGUCGUACAAUGAUUUACGGAUAUAACUCUAAGCUAUCCAGUUGGGGAACCGACACCCUUCUCGACUACGGACGAAGCAUUAUGGAGGAGAUCAAGAAAAUCCGGAACAGCUUCGGUGGGAUUAUCCUCGCUCAUUGCCUCGUGAAGGCGAUCCAGGCGAUGAAAGAUGAUAAUCCUGCAAUCGCUUCUCUUUAUCAAGCCACCUAUGCUACGAUAUUUUUUGCCACGCCCCAUAAAGGAAUGAUUGUGGACGACAUCAAACAAAUGCUUACCCGUCAUGAGAACCAUCCGCGACAGCAUUUAGUCGAGCAGAUUUCAAAUAAAUCUGAUAUACUAGUCCAUCAGCUUGUCGAUUUCAAAAACCUGAUUGGAGACCGAAAGGUGGUGAGCUUUUACGAGACUGGGGAGACGAGACAGCUUCAAUUUAAUGAAGAUUCCAAACGAUGGGGCCGAACGGGCAACUUCAUCAAACCAGUGGAUGAUGACUCGGCUUUACUUCAACUCCCUGAUUCUAUUGAGGUGAAAAUAUCUGUUGAUAGGAAUCACUCAGAUAUUGUCAAGUUCGACGCUCGCGGUGACCGUGCAUAUGCAUCAGUGUUACAAUACCUACGGGAAUUCGAGAAAGAUGCACAGGAGUGUGUUAAAACUCGCUUUUCACAACAGCCCAAUCGCCCCAAGCCCUCCUCCACGGUACCCUUCAAAAGGGACACUAUGUUCAUUGGUCGCGAGGAUAUUAUUGAAGAGAUUGAGAAGAGGUUCCAAGCCAUGGGGCAUCAGCACGAGCGUGUCGCACUCCAAGGCUUAGCAGGCGUCGGAAAAUCUCAAAUAGCGAUUGAGUACUCCUAUCGAGUGCGUCACUCAAAGCCGGACACAUGGGUCUUCUGGGUCCAUAUGAGCAAUUCCGCUCGAUUCAAUCAAGGAUAUGAGCACAUCGCGGGGGCUGCGAGGAUUCCAAAGCAAGAUGACUCGAAAGCGAGCGUCAAUCAACUAGUCCAUCGAUGGCUAUGUGAUAUGCAGAAUGGCCCCUGGUUGAUGAUUGUAGACAAUGCCGAUGACGAAAGUAUAUUGACCAAAACGGAUGACCCGGAGGGAACGGCGCUGGUGGAUUUUCUUCCCCAGGUUCCACACGGGUCCAUUCUCUUUACAUCACGCAACCUUCUAGCAGCCCAGAACCUCACGGAGAACAAUGUGAUUGAAGUCGAGCCAAUGGGCAAGACAGAGUCUAUAAGCUUACUGCGUUCAAAAACACACACAAGUCAGUCUUCAGAGGACGAAGAGAUGUUAGUCCACGCACUAGAGUACGUUCCACUAGCCAUCACACAGGCAGGCUCCUACAUUGCAGCCCGAUCAACUCGCAUGACAGUCGCCAAAUACCUCGAACUCUUCCACGAGAGCGAGAAAAACCAGAAAUAUCUCCUUAACCACAAAGAUGCCCAAGACCUGCGGCGAGACCCUAGCAUCCCAGAUGCGGUCAUCACAACAUGGGAGUUGUCAUUUGAACAGAUCCGCCGUGACCGGUCGUCAGCUGCGGAUUUACUUGCGUUAAUGAGCAUGUUUGAUCGGCACGGGAUUCCAGAGGACCUAGUCAGAAUACAAGAUGACACGCUUCAGUUUGAGGAUGAUUUAGCACCUUUGAUCAGUUUUUCCCUCAUCAGAGAAGAAAAAGAACAACGUUCAUUUGAUAUGCACCGCCUAGUGCAGUUAUCUGUUCAAAGGUGGCUGGAGAUCCGGAAACAGCUCAAUGAAUGGAGAGAAAAGUCCAAGGGUAUAAUGGCACAGAUGUUUCCAUAUGAAGACUACAAGGAGUGGAGUACUUGUCAAAAGCUACUUCCGCAUGCCAAGAAGGUCAUUGAGUAUAUUUCACUCAGUGAUACGGAUCGUAUCAACAUGGCAAAGCUUGUAUCAAAAUGUGGUGGUUAUCUCAUUCGCCAAGGCGCUCACAACGAGGCUGAGGUAAUUUUUCGACGUGGCCUAACAGGCUGUGAGCAGGCGCUCGGGCCUAACCAUCCAGACACACUUACUAGUGUAAAUAACCUUGGUACAGCGCUUAAAAGCCAGGGUAAAUACCUCGAGGCAGAAGUGAUGUAUCAACGGGCCUUAGCAGGCCGUGAGGCGGCGCUUGGGCCUAACCAUCCAGGCACACUUGCUAGUGUGAAUGAUAUCGGUACAGCGCUCAGAAGCCAGGGUAAAUACGUCGAGGCGGAAGCGAUACAUCGACGGGCCUUAGAAGGCCGUAAUGCGGCGCUCGGGCCUAACCAUCCAGACACACUUACUAGUGUGAAUAAUCUCGGUGUAGCACUUGAAGGGCAGGGUAAAUACGUCGAGGCAGAAGCGAUAUAUCGACGGGCCUUAGCGGGCCGUGAGGAGGCCCUCGGGUCCAAUCAUCCAGAUACACUUUUGAGUGUGAACAAUGUCGGUAUAGCGCUUAGAAGCCAGGGUAAGUACACCGAAGCGGAAGCGAUACAUCGACAGGCCUUAGUAGGCCGUGAGGCCUUGCUUGGGCCUAACCAUCCAGAUAUAUUAACUACUGUGGAUAAUAUUGGUGCAGCGCUUAGAGGGCAGAGGAAAUACACCGAAGCGGAAGCGAUACAUCGACGGGCCUUAGUAGGCCGUGAGGCGGCGCUCGGGCCCAAUCAUCCAGACACACUUUUUAGUGUGAAUAAUCUCGGUGUAGCGCUUGAAAGGCAGGGUAAAUACACCGAUGCGGAAGCGAUGCAUCGACGGGCCUUAGCAGGCCGUGAGGCGCUCGGGCCUCACCAUCCAGACACACUUUAUAGUGUGAAUAAUCUCGGUGUAGUGCUUGAAAGGCAGGGUAAAUACGCCGAAGCGGAAGCGAUACAUCGACGGGCCUUAGUAGGCCGCGAGGAGGCGCUCGGGCCCAAUCAUCCGGACACACUUUUUAGUGUGAAUAAUAUCGGUGCGGCGCUUAGAAGGCAGGGUAAAUUCGUCGAGGCGGAAGCAAUACAUCGACGGGCCUUAGCAGGCCGUGAGGAGGCCCUCGGGUCCAAUCACCCAGACACACUUUCUAGUGUGAAUAAUCUCGGUGUAGCGCUUGAAAGGCAGGGUAAAUACGUCGAGGCGGAAGCGAUGUAUCGACGGGCCUUAGCAGGCCGUGAGGCCCUCGGGCCUAAACAUCCAGACACACUUUUUAGUGUGAAUAAUCUCGGUGUAGCGCUUGGAGGGCAGGGCAAAUAUAUCGAGGCGGAAGCAAUGUAUCGACGCCCAAGGCCAACCAUUUCCCUCAUAUGGCAGAAAGACAAGAAGACCUCAACGCCAUGGUCGAUGACGUUAAAAGUGUCCAAACUGCUAUUCAAUCACUCUUAG